CUUAAAAUACCCAACACAGCCAACAAGUUUCCAUGAAGCUUAGGUUUUCAACUUCCAGUAAUAUUUCUCAAUUAGCUACCGUCAGCUACUGUUUUCUCUGAGCAUUUUCUUGAUUAUUUUUUUUCCCUUCGUUGUAAUAUUUUGCUUUCAGUUUCUUGAAAUUUACCUUUUCUUAAUCUUAUCACUUCAUUUUUCCAUUUUCUUUCUUGUCCUAAUUUGUUUAAGUUUGCCACUUAUCAAUGACUGGAGGGGAAUUGGGUUUCAAAUCAUUUCCUGUUAUUUCAAAUCCUAAUCUGGAAUCCAUGAAUCCUUCUCUUAAUACUCCGAUUUCCAAUUUUCCAUCUUUGGAUUUGACACAAUCACCAGAUGUGGAUAAGUCUCUAUACAGUAGUGAAGCCGGUGAUUUCUCUCAAGCUGUGUUAAAAUACAUAAAUGACAUUCUAAUGGAAGAAGACUUACAGGACAAACCAUGUAUGCUGCAAGAUAGUUUAGCUCUUCAAGCAGCAGAAAAGUCCUUGUAUGAUGUUCUUGGCCAAAAAAAUCUGCAUUUUGAUGAGAAAUCUGCUCCAACUGAUAUUAUUUCUGAUCAAGUGGAGCUGGAGUCCUUUCCUAACAGCUAUUCUGCAGAUUUCGCCAAUCUGUCGAAUUCUGCAGCAGAAAAUGGCAGAAUAUAUUGCCGUGUCGAAGAAGAAGGAAGAAGAAAGAAGCAAUAUUCGAUCUCUACCGGAGAAUCUGAGCAGCUGGAGAUAUUCGACAAUUCAUUUCUGCAUAAAGUUGAAAGAAAUGAGUCUCUUCCAUGUCCUUUAUAUGAUUCAUCGAAAAACGAAGAAAGCAAGAAAUUGCAGCAAAAUGAGCAUUCACAAGCACCAAAUUCGCGAAUAAGGAGACAGACCAAUAAAGAGACUAUGGAUUUGUCGACUCACUUAAUUCUUUGUGCACAAGCAGCAGGAAAUGGUGAUCAAAAGAUUGCAUAUGAGCAAUUAAAGCUGAUAAGGCAAAAUGAUUCGCCUUUCGGUCAUGGAAACCAAAGAUCAGCUCAUUAUUUUGCUAAUGCUCUUGAGGCACGUUUAACAGGCAUUAAACAAGAAAUUGGACACCCAACAAACGCUGCUGAAGUUCUAAAAGCUUAUCAGCUUUAUGUUUCAAUAUGUCCUUUUAGGCAAAUGUCGAAUUUUUAUACUAACAGAACAAUUGCCAAAGUAGUAGACAAGGCAAGUAGUGUCCAUAUUAUUGAUUUUGGGAUUUCUUAUGGUUUUCAAUGGCCCUGCUUCAUUUAUCGUCUAUCGACCAGGCCUGGAGGGCCUCCCAGAAUCCGCAUCACAGGAAUUGAUUUUCCCCAGCCAGGUUUUAGGCCUGCAGAAAGAGUGGAAGAGACGGGAAGACGGUUAAAGAGAUUAGCUGAUAGACUGAAUGUUCCUUUCGAAUAUCAGGCAAUAGCACAAAAAUGGGAAAGUAUCAAUUACCAUGAUCUUAACAUCGGUAAAGAAGAAAUUGUAGCUGUUUGUUGUAUGUAUAGGUUGAAGAACUUACCGGAUGAUACAAUUUCAGUGAGUAAAAGUUCAAGAGAUGCAGUUCUUGAAUUGAUCAAGAAAAUAAAUCCCAACAUAUUUGUUCAUGGAGUUCUUAAUGGGUCUUUUAAUGCACCUUUUUUUACGACAAGGUUUCGCGAAGCAUUCUUUCAUUUCUCUGCAUUUUUCGACAUGUUUGAGGCCAAUGCGACCCGCGAAGAUCCACAAAGGUUAGUGUUUGAGAGAGAAAUGAUUGGAAAAGAUGUUCUGAAUGUGAUUGCUUGUGAAGGUAUAGAAAGAUUUGAAAGGCCUGAGACUUACAAGCAAUGGCAAAUUAGGAACUUGAGGAUGGGAUUUGAGCAGUUACAAUUACAUCAAGAUUUAAUGAAAAGAGUAAGGAAUAUUAAGAAUAAUUAUCAUAAAGAUUUUGUGGUUGAUGAAGAUGGAGAUUGGUUCCUUAUGGGAUGGAGAGGAAGAAUAAUUCAUGCUAUUUCUGCUUGGAAAGCUAGUCAAGUUUAAAACACAUGUAUAUGUUGCACGGAAAUGGAAACGGAAACGAAUAAACUUGGAAUGUGGAAACGAUGUCUAAAAUAUAAUUUUACACAAAGAAAAUGUAUUUUAUAUGGAAAACCGACAUAUGGAAAUGUUCCCGAAACGCGAAAAUGCCUAUGGCAAGAAGUUUCUAUGCAUCAUAACAUGUAUCAAAGUCUA